AUGCUUCGCCGUACAGCUCCUGCCGUGAGUUUCACGACAUCCCACCGCGCUCUCAUGUUGCGCACAAGCCGCCCGCUCUUGGGUGGUGACAUGCACUCCACUGAGCGCUUCAAGGCUGCGUGGGAUGAGAUGCCGCUGCACCUUCUGGGUGCCUCCCGCAAGCAGGUGUUUGAGUGGCACUGGAAGUGCAUAUACCAGUUGGGCCUUCGUGACACCACCCGCAUGACGAAGCUCCGCGUGUUGAUGAACUGGGGUGCACUCUUCUCCUUCCUCUACCUUACGUACAUCUCCGUUUUCUACUCCUCCUUCUAUCACGUGUACUACCAGGACUGGCCUGAGGAGUUCAAGCGCGAGAACGCGCGCGCGUACGCGCAGUCAAAGGGUGGCGAUGUGUGGGCAGCCGAUGGCAAGUUUAUCCGCCCAUACUUUCACAUCAAUCCACCUAUGCUUACCAUGACGAGCGAGGACCUGUAA